AUGGUUCAAGCUUCCGAGGUUCUCAAGGGAAAGACUGGUGUCAUCUACGGUGACGAUGUCUACAACCUCUUCAAGCACGCACAAUCCGAGGGAUACGCCAUCCCCGCGAUCAACGUGACUUCCUCCUCCACCGUCGUCGCAUCCCUCGAGGCUGCCCGCGAUGCCAAGUCCCCCAUCAUCCUCCAAAUGAGCCAGGGUGGUGCCGCAUACUUCGCCGGAAAGGGCGUCGACAACAAGGACCAGAGCGCUUCCAUCCAGGGAGCCAUCGCCGGUGCUCACUACAUCCGCGCAAUUGCGCCCGCAUACGGUAUCCCCGUUGUUCUCCACACCGACCACUGCGCCAAGAAGCUUCUGCCCUGGUUGGACGGCAUGCUCGACGAGGACGAGAAGUUCUUCAAAGCAAAUGGCGUACCGCUGUUCAGCUCCCACAUGAUUGAUCUCUCAGAGGAGAGCAAGGAGGAGAACAUUGAGACCACCAAGAAGUACCUCCAGCGCGCUGCUCCUAUGAAGCAAUUCUUGGAGAUGGAGAUCGGAAUCACCGGUGGUGAAGAGGAUGGUGUCAACAACGAGGAUGUUGACAACAACUCGCUCUACACCCAGCCUGAAGACAUCUUUGACAUCUACAAGACCUUGAGCGAGGUCUCCCAGUACUUCUCGAUCGCCGCUGGCUUCGGUAACGUCCACGGUGUUUACAAGCCUGGUAACGUCAAGCUCCGCCCUGAAUUGCUCCAGAAGCACCAGCAGUUCGUCAAGGAGCAAGUCAAGAGCAAGGAUGACAAGCCCGUCUUCCUCGUAUUCCACGGUGGCAGCGGCAGCUCUGUCGACGAUUUCCGCCAGGCGAUCUCAUACGGUGUUGUCAAGGUCAACCUCGACACCGAUAUGCAAUGGGCCUACUUGUCGGGUGUUCGCGACUACGUCCUCAACAAGAAGGACUACCUCCUCACUCAAGUUGGUAACCCAGACGGCGAGGACAAGCCCAACAAGAAGUUUUACGACCCACGCGUGUGGGUACGCGAGGGUGAGAUCACCAUGAGCCAGAGGCUCAAGGUCGCUCUCGAUGACUUCUACACUGCUGGCAAGGCCUAA